GUUCAUAAGAACUCUUAGACCCUAACUUUCUUCUCCAUAUUCUUAUUUUAAAUCAUCUUCAUAUAAUCACACAUAGUCGUUCUCAUACAAGAAAACAAUUUGUUUCCAUCUCUCUUUCAUCUUUUCGUUUAAGGGAUGGAUACAGAUCUUAGAUUUGCAGGAAAUUUUCCUUCUCUUUCUAGGGAUUUUCCUAAAAAUCCUUGGGUAAAAUCAGAGAUAUCCACAAUGGUUCUAUUGCAACCAAGUUCAUGUCUUUCACCCCCACCAUCAUAUUACAACACAUUUUUGGAUCCAAAUCACUGCACUCAAUUUAAGGAACAUGCUCAAGAAGAGGCUAAUCAUCACUCUAGUUUUGCUAGUAUGGUUCCUUCCUCUAUCACCUCGUUCUCUAUGAUCCCAACUCCUUCAUACAAGAGUGCAUCGACCAAUGGAUCCAAAGAAAAAUACUUCGAUGGUCAAAAUCCAAUGAGCUUCACACCAAAUAACAACAAAAGGGAAGUCAUGCAUGGUCACCUUAACACUAGUAAUGGAAUACGGGAUUCAUUCACACAAAAUAUCUUUCAACAUGGUGAAACUUCUCAAUCUCGUGUGAGUCUGUAUCCUUCAUUGUCACUAGUUUAUGAUGCAAAUCCAUCUAUGGCAGUUAAGCCAAAUCUUCAAGGAGAUCUUUCUUUCAUUGGUCGAAAUGGAAACAAACCUCUUUAUAAUGACCAAGAACUCGCACUCAAUGACCAUAAGAGACAUAAGAGAACUAAAAAGAAUGUUGAAACUCAACAUAUGAAUCCAAAUUUAAUCAAACGGAAAUGGACUGCAAACGAGGACAGGAUUCUUGUUCAAUUGGUGGAUCAAUUUGGAUUAGGAAAAUGGUCUCAGAUUGCUAAGUUUCUAAAUGGCAGGAUCGGGAAACAAUGCAGGGAAAGAUGGAAUAAUCACCUUCGACCCGACAUUAAGAAGGAGUCAUGGAACCAAGAGGAUGACAAAAUGCUGAUUGAAGCUCACAAGAUAGUUGGAAACAAGUGGGCUGAAAUCACAAAGAGUUUGCCGGGUCGCACCGAGAACUCCAUCAAGAACCGCUGGAAUGCCACCAAGCGUAGCCAGAAUGCCAAGAAGAGGUUGAACCGUCGUAACAGUUUGAAGGGAACUCUACUUCAUAAAUACAUCAUUGAAGUCAAUGCUGCAAAGGAAGCUGAAAAGGAGAAGUUGGAGAAUGAAAGUUCUAAAAGUGGUUUCAGUUCUGAUGGUUUGGCUACUUCUGAAGAUGAAACUGGCUAUGUUCCAAUGAUGCAAAAUGGUGGUGAUGAUGGAGGAAUGAAUUAUGAUUAUGGAUCAUAUGCUAUGGAGCUUUUUCCUAAUGUUCCUUUGAAGUAGGAAAUUGAUCUCAUGAGAUGAUCUACAGAAACCCUUGAGGUUCUUUCUCUGGUUAUUUAUAAUAAUAAUAAUAAUGUUGUCAUGGAUGUUUUAUUUGGUGUUUGCUACUGUUUAUCUUGUGUUGUGAUGUUCUUUCUGUGACAUACUUUGUUUAGACUUGGUUUGUUUUUCUGAGUUUCCUUAUGGAUGGAAUUAAAGCUUGUGUUGUUUCAGAUUA